AUGGAGGGAGAACAGCCUCCAAUUGGAACAUUGCUCAACCUGGACGAGAUUGAAGAUCUUGCCACUAGAACAAUGAGCAAGAAGGCAUGGGCAUACUAUUACUCCGCAUCCGACGACAAAAUCAGCAAGCGCAGAAACACAGAGGCCUUCCGCGACAUUGCCCUUAGACCAAAGGUCUUUGUUGACUGCACCAAGUGUGAUUUGACUACAGACCUGGUGGGCAAUCGCGUGUCCAUCCCAAUAUAUGUGAGCCCAGCAGCCAUGGCUCGGCUAGGCCAUCCAUCCGGAGAGGCUGGGAUUGCAGAGGCAUGUCGCAGUUUCGGCGCUUUGCAGAUAAUUUCGAACAAUGCAUCCAUGACACCGGAGCAGAUAGUCGCGGACGCAGCCCCAGACCAAGCCUUUGGCUGGCAACUGUACGUACAAAACGAUCGCACUAAGAGUGAACGGAUGAUAGCCCGUAUCAACAAAUUGAGCGCAAUCAAAUUUGUUGCUCUUACACUUGAUUCGCCUGUGACUGGAAAAAGAGAGGACGAUGAACGCAGCGGCAACAUCAUUAAUACAUUGACAGAUUCUAGCUCAGGGGAGGAGCAUGUGGAUAAUGCCGACACUCAGUCAGUCGUGAGUCAGACCGAAGAUCAGACUUUCAAUGGUCUAGAUCCUGCUUUGACCUGGACAGAGACCCUAGGAUGGCUAGCCAAGCAUACCCAUCUCCCAGUGGUACUCAAAGGAAUCCAGACCCACGAAGAUGCUUAUAUUGCUGCAAAAUAUACACCUCAGGUGAAGGGAAUUAUCCUCUCAAACCAUGGAGGUCGUUCUCUGGACACUGCGCCUCCUGCUGUUCACACAUUGCUUGAAAUCAGGAAAUACUGCCCCGAGGUUUUCGAAAGUCUUGAUGUAUGGAUUGAUGGCGGCAUCAAGAGAGGAACGGAUGUGGUCAAGGCUCUAUGCUUGGGCGCAAGAGGGGUCGGGAUAGGAAGAGCCGCACUGUGGGGCUUAGGAGCUGGAGGAGUGGCUGGCGUGAAGAGAACUUUGGAAAGUAUGAAUGGAGAAGCUGUUAUUACCGAACGCCAUAGUGCUGACAUCUCCUUACAGUUCUGA